GAUGGCUCACCCCAGCCGGGCAUUGCGGACACCCCCUCUGGCUGGCAGAUGCAGUGCCUAGCAGCAGCGCUCAGGGACGAGGCCAACAUGAGUGGGGGAGGGGAGCAGGCUGACAUCCUCCCGGCCAACUACGUGGUCAAGGAGCGCUGGAAAGUGCUGAAGAAGAUCGGCGGAGGUGGCUUCGGUGAGAUCUACGAGGCAAUGGACCUGCUGACGAGGGAGAACGUGGCUCUCAAAGUAGAGUCCGCUCAGCAACCCAAGCAGGUGCUAAAGAUGGAGGUGGCCGUGCUAAAGAAGCUACAAGGGAAGGACCAUGUGUGCCGGUUCAUUGGCUGUGGGAGGAACGAGAAGUUUAACUACGUGGUGAUGCAGCUGCAGGGCCGGAAUCUGGCGGACCUGCGCCGUAGCCAGCCCCGGGGCACUUUCACGCUGAGUACCACGCUGCGGCUGGGCAAACAGAUCCUGGAGUCCAUCGAGGCCAUCCACUCCGUGGGUUUUCUGCACCGUGACAUCAAGCCGUCCAACUUCGCCAUGGGCCGCCUGCCCUCCACCUACAGGAAGUGUUACAUGCUGGACUUUGGCUUGGCCCGGCAGUAUACCAACACGACCGGGGAAGUCCGGCCUCCCCGCAACGUGGCUGGGUUUCGUGGGACAGUGCGCUACGCCUCAGUGAACGCACACAAGAACCGGGAGAUGGGCCGGCACGAUGACUUGUGGUCACUCUUCUAUAUGCUGGUGGAGUUCGCUGUGGGGCAGUUGCCAUGGCGCAAAAUCAAGGACAAGGAGCAGGUGGGGAUGAUCAAGGAGAAGUAUGAACACAGGAUGCUGCUGAAGCACAUGCCAUCCGAGUUCCACCUCUUCCUGGACCACAUCGCCAACCUGGACUACUUCACCAAGCCCGACUACCAGCUGAUCAUGUCCGUGUUUGAGAACAGUAUGAAGGAGCGGGGCAUCACAGAGAAUGAAGCUUUCGACUGGGAGAAGGCGGGUUCUGAUAUCUUGCUCUCCACCAGCACGUCCACCCCGCCGCAGCAGAAUACCCGCCAGACAGCCGCCAUGUUUGGGGUGGUGAAUGUGACUCCAGUGCCAGGCGACCUGCUGCGGGAGAACACGGAGGACGUGUUGCAAGGGGAGCACCUAAGCGACCAGGAGAACGCGCCUCCCAUUCUGCCUGGGCGGCCGGUCGAGGGGCUGGGCCCCACCCUCCACCCCUCGGGUCCCGACGCUGAGGUCUGGGAGGAAACCGACGUCAACCGCAACAAGCUCAGGAUCAACAUCAGCAAAACGCAGUGCGUGGUGGAGGAGGAGCCGAGCCGCGGCCUGGGCCCCAGCUCCCCGGUGCGGGCCCCACCAGACUCACCCACCACUCCUGUCCGCUCGCUGCGCUACCGGCGCGUCAACAGCCCCGAGUCGGAGCGCCUGUCCACCGCCGACGGGCGGGCCGACCUGCACGAGAGGAGGUCACGCAUGGACCUGCCGGGCUCCCCGUCCCGCCAGGCCUGCUCCUCCCAGCCGGCCCAGAUGCUGUCCAUCGACACGGGCCAGGCCGACCGGCAGGCCAGCGGGCGCGUGGACGCGUCGGCCUCGGUGGAGCACGAGGCCCUGAGCAACGCCUUCCGCUCGGUGCCCCUCGCCGAGGAGGAGGACUUUGACAGCAAGGAGUGGGUCAUCAUCGACAAGGAGACGGAGCUCAAGGACUUCCACCCCGGAGCCGAGCCCAGCACCUCGGGGACCACCGACGAGGAGCCGGAGGAGCUGCGGCCGCUGGAGGAGGGCGAGGAGCGCAGGCGGCCGCCGGCCGAGGCUGCCGUCCGGCCCAAGGUCCCCGACGGGCGGGGGAGGGUCAUGCAGACCGUGGCCGAGGAGGACGUGGGCCAGCAGCGGCAGGAGGCCCAGGAGUCGGCCCUCCUGGGAGGUCCAGCCCAUUCUCCCCUGCACCCUGUCCACCCCGCACGUCAACGCCGGAGGGAGUCGGACCCCACGGGCCCCCAGAGACAGAUGUUUUCCCUGAAGCCCUUUGAAAUGAAUGGACUCCCCAAGGCAGUGCCUUUAAGUUUGCCUUACCAAGACUUCAAGCGGGACCUGUCAGACUACCGGGAAAGAGCCCGUCUCCUCCAGCGCAUUAAGCGAGUUGAGUUCUCCCAUGUGGUCUUCACAGCCCCCUGCCCUCCCGCUCCUCCCCCGCAGCUGGAGGUCAAUGGCAAGGGUAACAGGGAGGAGGAGGAGGAGGAGGAGGAAGAGGAGGAGGAGGGAGAGGACAAAGAGGAGGAGGAAGAGGAGGAGAAGGAAGAGGAAGAGGAGGAGGAGGAGGAGGAAGAGGAAGAAGAGGAGGACGAGGAGGAGGAGGAAGAGGAGGAAGACGGAGGCCUCCUGGGAGAGAAGCUGGAGCCUCAGAGUGUCUCCAGCAGUGACGUGAGUCAGAAGAGCACAGAGCGCAGCCAGGAAGGGGCCCCGUCCACCUUGCUGGCGGAGGACCACAGAGAGUCCAGGGGCCGGGCGUCCGUAGCUGAGGGGGACCUGGAGCUGGAGGAGGGGUCCAAGACCCUGGUUUUGUUCUCCCCGGGUGACAUGAAGAAGUCUUCCCCAGCGACCCCCGACCUGGCGCCUGACCCUGACCUGGGCACCCUGGCCGCCCUGAGCCCUCAUGGCGAGCGGCCCCAGCCCCUGGGCAGCCAGCUGGAUGUCUCAGAGCCGGGCACGUGGUCCUCGGUGCUCAAAUCCGAGCCAAAGCCCCCCUCGCCCGCGGCCCCGGCCGCCGCCGCCUCCUCGCCCUUCACCAAAGUCGAGCGGACCUUCGUGCACAUUGCCGAGAAAACCCAUCUGAACGUCAUGUCUUCCAACGGGCAGCCGCUGCUGCGGCCCGAGGAGACCGGGCCGGGUGAGGGGCCGGGCCUGGAGGAGGAGGCCGAGCUGGAGGAAGGCCCGCUGCCCUGGGAGAACGUGAGCGCCCUGUCUGGGGUUGAUGGGGCCGAGCUGGAGAGCUGCACCCUGUCCGUCCUCCUGGCGGAUGCCCCCGUGCCCAACGGCCUGCCCCUUCAGCCGCUCGCCGGCCCAGAUGGACAGCCCCCUCCCAAGCUGCAGAUGCUGGAGCCAGAGGAGCAGAGGCCGGACCAGGGUGGGCUGGGCCCGGAGCCCCCGAGGGGCGCCCCCGGCCCCCCACAGCCACCUGGCCGUCGGACACCCCCGGGCCCCCGCUCUCGGAGCCGGAUCCCUGUCCUGCUCUCGGAGGAGGACACCGGCUCUGAUCUGUCCGCCUCCGCCUCCAUGUCUGCCAAAGAGAGGCGGUCCAAGCGGUGCCGGCAGCCCGACCUGGCCCGGCUGAUCAUGGAGAAGAGGCAGAGCCGGCUCCUACGCCUGGCCUCGGGCGCCUCGUCCUCCACCUCGUCUGGGGACGAGUGCCGCCGGCCGUCUGAGACCCUGUCCGCCACAGGCUCAGAGGAGGACACCCACGGCUCGGAUGACACGGGGUCCAGGAGGGGGCCGCGAGGGGCGGCCCCGGAGCCCAGGGAAGACCGAGCGGCCCCGAGCACCAGGAGCCGCAUCCCCCGCCCCGUUGCCCCCAUGGCCGGACCCCUACGGCCGAGCGCCGGGGGGGGAAGCCCACCUUCACGGGGCCCAGGCCUCUCCAAUGGCGGCGCCUCGCCAGAAACACCCAUCCGCAGUAGGCUCCAGCUGCAGAGACCCUCGGGGCCGGCCGCCACUCCCGUCCACCCUGGCUUGCGCGCCAAGCAGCCCCCGAGCCGGCCGCCCUCGUCCUCGAGCCCCGCGCCCCGUGGAGCCGGCCUCAGGCCCUCCGGCCUCUCCGCCCGCCACCUCAGCGCUUCCUCCCGGAGCCAGUCGCUGUGCCGGAGGGAGAGCUUCUCCCCAUCUCAUCCGGCCAGGCCGACCGGUCCCCCUCAGCUGCAGGGGGCCCCUCCGGCCCGGGCCCAGCCUCGGGGGCCUGGGGUUCCCCAGCCCGAGGGUUCCGCCUCUCCUGGGGGCCCCAAGAAAGGACUGAAAGGGAAACUCCAGACUCAGAGCCCAGCAACCAAAGGCAGAGCAGCGGUGGCAGAGGGCAAAGCUGUGGCCAGAUAAUGAUCUUUGGCUUUGGAUCUCCAUCAGGCUGGGGUCCCCUCCCCGUGGCGCCUCGACACCUGAAUAGCCAGCCCCAGCACAACCCCACACGCCAGACCCACUAGCAAGCCGCCAGCUGUCCCCUCCCGCUUUCUCCCCACCCACCGCCACCCACGCCCACCCUGAAGCCUGCCGCUGGCCAGGCAGGGUGGGAGCGUGGUGGCACGGGCCCAGGCUUCUCGCUCCCCCAUCUCCCCCAUCCUACCCCCCGCCCCCUCGUUGGUGCUGAACGCGCGUUCCUUUCUCAGCAAUACCAGGCUCUCCCCUCCACUGCCUAUAGGAAACGGUGGAGGCCGGAGGGGCGGCGGCAGGGGAGGGUCUCUCCGGCUGCUCUGGGCUCCCGUCCACAGGAAGAAGAGAUUGGGGAGCGGCUUUCGCACCUGGGAGUCCCCAGGUGGGAGAGGGCGGGGAAGAGGCACAGCCCUGGCUCCCCCAGGCCCCGGUGAAGAGUUGUGGCCGGGGCUCCCGAGUGGAUCGGGCGUGGGAGGGCUGACCUGAAGAGAGGAAUUUGGAGAGGGAUCGAACCUGAAGGCAGCAGCGGCCAACUUCCAACUGGUCCUCUCCACCCCCAACUCCAUGCCCCCUGCCCGCCUCCUGCCCGCCCCCCACCCACCCCACAGCUCCAUCCUUCUGGCUCUGGCACAGGGGUCUUCCUUCCUCCCUUGGGGACUGCCCUCGGACUCCUAGCUGGCCACCACCCACCGCCUCUGGGAACUGUGCCUGAGGCCUCCUGCCCCCCACUUUCUCUGGGGUGCGGCAGACCAGCUCUUCCCAUCAGUGGGCUGGGGCAUGGGAGUGGGGGACGUUAGACACCUUCCCCGGACCCGUCGGACCCUCGGUGCCUCUCCGAGGCGAGGGAGGGGAGGCCAGGCCAGGCCCAGCUACACCCAGUAGUUCCCCUUUCCUCCUCCUUCCCCCAAGGCAGCAUCGCCGGGCCAGCAGAGGCAGCCAAGGGACGCCGAGCGGCCCCCAGGUACACGGUGGGGGCGGGCUGCGGGGGUGAGUGUUUCGGUGGGGGUGGCUCUGUCCCAUCCCAAGCACCCGGGAGGGGGAAUGGGAGGACAGGAAGGGGUCAGAGGAAAGAGAAGGUCUCCGUCCCGCUCCUUUCAAACUCCGCACGGGACUGGCGGACCAGAAUCCAAGUAUCCCAGGUCUGGUAGGGCUAACCCGAGUUCACCCCCUCCAUUCCCCUACCUCCAGCAGAAUCAAUCAAUCAAUUAUUGAGCUCUUAUUAUAUGCAGAGCACUGUACUCAGCGCUUGGGAGAGUUCAACGCAACAGAGUUGGUAGACACGUCCCCUGCCCACAAGGAGCUUACGGUCUAGAGAAUGACCCUUCUUCCGGCUCAGCCAGUUACCGAAAGACCUCAGCCUCAUUAGUUUGCCCGUCUGAGAAUCUCCCGCCCCGCACAUCUAUCCUCAAUCAGCCCAUUUGCUCUUGUUCUACCCUGCAUGGAGAUGGAAAUCAGCCUGUCCCCUCCUCUGGCUUUGACUCCACAGAGACUGUCAGACUGUUCACUCCUCAGGGCCCCCUUGACCUUCUCUCCCCCAGGACGAACACCAGGACGGGCUCCCUUAGGCACAAAAACCAUGGCCAUUAACCCCCUUCCCGGGGCACCCUAAGGACUGAGGCUGGCACCAGGUGGGGCUGGCAAAGCUAUCCGUGGGGGUCACUGUGUUCCAGGGUCUCCAUCAACCAAUCAAUGAUAUUUAUUGAGUGCUUACUGUGUGCAGAGCCCUGAACUAAGCGAUUGGAAGAGAAG